AUUGUCAUUCAUAUCCCAAUUUCAAUGACGUUGAAAGAAGCUCAUGAUAACGUUGUUACCACGAUCACUUCUCUGCUCUAGUUAUUAUUAUGUAGAUAGGUCUGGUAGGUAUUUUACUCCGGGCAUAUUUUAUUUGAUCGUGUGAUAUAGGUAAGUAUUUUGAUUUGAAAUCUUUUCACAUAAUUUUGUUACGGAUUUUUAACGCGAUAGCGGACUUCACAGAAACUUCAAACCGUUUACCGUCAUUUACCGUCAGAAAGUCAGUACCAUGUCAAAAAUUUAUUCGCUCGGUUACAAAUUACCUUUACCUUAAUUACAUAAUAUCAUUCAUUUCAUCGAAACAAAAAACAAACCAGCCUACAUUUAUUGCAACCUUGAACUACCUUAUAUUUUCAAAUCUCAUUUGGGAAGUGAUACCUAUACAGCUGAGGUUACCAUAACAACUCGAUGUCAAUGUUUUCUUCUCCACAUUCAAAAAUUUCGAACCUCGUGAUGGAUUCAACAACAUGACACAACAUGCGUCAAUUUUUAUCUCACUGGUGUUACUCUUCUUUCAAAUAAUCCAAUGCAGAGGUUCUCUCAAAGUACCAGGGAUCGGAGAGAAGCAAAAAAGGAGCGGAUUUAUCGAAGGAGAUUUCAUCAUAGGAGCUUUAUUCCCGGUACACGAGCAACCACUUCUGAAAGCUGGUGGAACAGAUCCUUUGAAAUGUGGCGAAAUUCGUGAACGUUUUGGAAUUCAGAGAAUCGAGGCUGCUUUUUUCGCCAUCGAGUCUAUCAAUAAUGAUACGAACAUACUUCCUAAAAUACCGUUGGGAAUUCACAUCAGAGAUGGAUGUUCCAGCGAAUCUGUGGUACUUCACCAAACCAUUAAACUCAUAGAGGAACCAACACCCGAAACAAAAGAACAAACAAGAUUAUUGGGACUAUGUUCUGCAAAAAACGACGACGACGGCGAAUCACCACUAAUCGGUGUUAUUGGUCCUUCCACCACAAGCACAACGAUAAUCGUACAAAAUCUUCUAAAAUUAUUUCAAAUCCCUCAAGUUGGGUAUUCAGCAACAUCACGUACCUUAACAGAUACCCGACUCCACAACUACCUCCUUCGAAUGGUACCUGAAGAUGAACAUCAAGUGAUAAUCAUGUUUAAAUUACUAAAGAAGUUCAACUGGACUUAUAUUUCCUUAGCUUAUAAUGAUGACGAAUACGGUCGAAGUGGAGCAAGCAUAGUGCAAGAGCGUGCUUCUUCUUAUAACGUUUGUAUCUCUAGAACAGCGGAGCUGGCAAAAUCCUACGACGAAGAGAAAUACGACGAAUCGUUACAACAAUUAUCUAUCGAUAAUAAAGCCAAAGUGGUAAUUUGUUUUUGUUCGUCAAACGUCAUUAAAAAUUUAUUAAAAUCUAUCAAAAGGAAUGGUCUAACAGGGAGAUUUUUAAUAAUUGGAAGCGAUGCUUGGCCUUCGAGAAACAGCAUAGUAGAAAAUUACGAAGAACAAGCAGUAGGUAGUCUUACUCUAGAAAUAAAGUCCACUCCUAUACAAGAAUUCAAUGAUUAUUAUUUUGGAAAGAAUUUAACGAAUAAUCAUAGAAAUCCUUGGUUUAGAGAGUUCUGGGAGUAUAGAUUCGAUUGUACACUUGGGCCAACCUCAAAUACAAAUUUAACUCGAUGUACAGGUGAAGAAAAUUUGAGUGAAGACGACGAGCAAGAUACAAAAAUUCCUUACAUAAUCAAAUCUAUUUAUGCAAUGGCACAUGGCUUGGAUAAAAUGAUUGCUGACGUAUGCAAAAAUUAUACACUCUGUGACGAUUUGUAUCCAUUUAAUUCAUCAAAUUACAUGGAAUAUCUGAAGAAAACUAAUUUCUUGUAUGAAGACGAACCAGUAAAUUUCACUCGCAUAAAUGGCCCCUGGCGUAUUAGUUACAAUAUUUAUAAUUUCCAAAAACUGGAAGAUGAUACCUACAAAUAUGUAAAAAUUGGCGAAUACGAUGGUAAUUAUGAUGAAUUGCAAGAUUCCGAGUAUGACGAAGAUUUUUUCGAUUACUUAAAAUUAUAUGGAGAUUUACAAUUUUCUGGAGGUUCAACAGAAAUUAAAUCAGUUUGUUCGGAUCCCUGCCUACCAGGUCAAAUUAAAUUAAUUAGUUCGAUAGAACAAAAAUGUUGUUGGAAAUGCAUCCAAUGUCCUACAGGAGAAUAUCAACUCAAUGAAACUGGCUGUACAAAAUGUCCUUCUGGAGAAUGGCCAAAUGACACCCAGACAGGAUGUGUUAAAGUGGAUCUAACGUAUACUCAAUGGUUGGAUAUCCAGUCAAUUGUAUCGUUGAUUAUUUCAUUCAUUGGAAUCACCCUUACAAUAGCCACCGCUAUUAUUUUCGUUAAAUACAGAGAGACUCCAGUGGUGAAAUCGUCAACAAGAGAGCUUUGCUACAUGAUGCUGAUUGGAAUGGUCUGCGCACAUUGCAUUUCUUUCGCUGUAAUAACUAAACCGACUUUGAUCUCAUGCACUAUUGCAAGAACUGUUCCACCAAUCACGUUUGCAACAAUUUACGCCGCAUUACUGGUGAAAACUAAUCGUAUUGCACGUAUAUUGGCAAUAUCCAAGAAGAAAUUUCCUAAUCUAAAUCCUAGAUUUAUGUCAUUAAAAGCUCAGAUUAUAAUCACAUCGAUUCUCAUAGCUAUACAGACAGUCAUUUGUUUGGCUAUGUUAAUAAAAGAACGAUCAUCACCAGAAAUUAUACACAUAGAAGAGGGAAAUCAAUUAUUCAUUUAUCUAGUCUGCCCUCUAAGUGGUCAAGCUAUCUUGAUACCAUUUUCAUUUGUAGCAUUUUUGAUAAUCAUGUGCACUUUGUACGCUGUAAAGACGAGAAACCUUCCACAUAAUUUCAACGAAGCGAAAUUUAUCGGGUUUUCUAUGUACGUCACGUGUAUCACAUGGGUUGCCUUUGGAUUAGUCUAUUACGGGAGCGAUUUACAAGUAAUUACAACUUGCAUAUGCGCUUCAACGAACGCCCUUGUCAUUUUGAUAUUCUUAUUUUUCCCAAAGCUGUACAUAAUAUUGUGCGCACCUGAGAAAAAUACAAGAGCGAAUUUCACAACUUCUAAAGGAAUCAGAUGUAUAAUUGGAAAAGAGGAUAGCAGUCAGAUUGGAAACAAGGGGAACCUGAUGGAAACCAAUUUCAAAUAUAUUCCGGAUUUUAAUUCUCAUGAAAGGAAGUCCAUAUCAGAACACUCGGAAACCAAUUCUCGGGGAAGAAAGUCAACUGCCAUCUCAAGCAUCUCAUCCAAGAUCUGAUCAGUGAUCACUGAUCACCCUGCUAAUUCUUAUUCACGGAUGAUGAGCAAUGCAUUCUUAUGAAAUCUAAUGCUUAUGGUUACGGUUUUUGUCGUUUAUAUAGGUACCUAGAAGACGUUGAUAUAAGUAGUGAAAGUGAUAAUAUAGAUGUUUAAAGAA